AUGACAGUGGUGACCAAGCAGCUGACCAAUGUUCUGACCAAGGUGCUGACCAAUGCCAUGACCAGAGUGGUGACCAAGAAGCUGCCCAGAGUGGUGACCAAGAAGCUGCCCAAAGUGGUGACCAAUGUGCUGACCAAUGUGGUGACCAAUGCCAUGACCAAAGCGGUGACCAAGUUGAUGGCCACGGCAGCGAUGACAUGGUCACGGCAGCGAUGA